GUGAUAUGAACUCCCAUCAAUUUGCGCAAACCUUUAUUCCCAGAGUGGAGCAGAUGAGGAGGGACUGAGCGCUCUACUCUGCAGUUUUUCAUUUGCUUGUGAGAAACUAAAGCCAAAUUUGACAAAUUAAUUUACAUGAGAUUUUUGUUGUUGUUGUUAAUUGGCUAUAAUUUAGAGAUGUGUAUUUCUGCAGUCCGCAGUGUGUUUUUGGGAGUACUUCUUUACGCACCAUACCAGUGCUUGGAGUGUCCCUUUGGCUGUGAGUGUUUUGCUGUCACCUGCACAGUGAGAUGUGACUCUAAGGAUCUGCUCACGGUACCACAACUUAUUCCAGGAUAUGCAAAGACUGUCAUCAUCACAGGGAAUAAUAUACAACAAACUGGACCCGAUUCAUUCACAGAGCUGGAGAAUGUUACCAACAUCACUUUAAGCAAUAAUAGGAUUACAGAGAUGGCGUCCCACAGCUUCUCUGCCCUCAUCAACCUGCGCCUCUUAGACCUCAGUGGCAACCAGCUGGCACUCAUCCAUCCAGAGGCUCUAAGCAUACCUGGUAGUCCCCUGCAGGAGCUCAACCUGAGCCACUCAUUGUACAACUUCACUGCCCUGAUGGACCUCACCACGGCACUGCGUUGGGGUGGCCUCCAAGGGCUCCUCUGUCUUGACCUCUCUGGGAACCACCUUGCCCUGCUGCCCCCAGGGUUGUUCUCCCACCUUCCAAAUCUGAAGCAGCUCGUCCUCACUAACAACUCUCUGUUGUCCGUCUAUACUGGAACCUUCUCUGGCAUGAACCAUCUGGAGGUGCUGGACCUGACAUACAAUGACUUCAGAACAUUUAGGGAUGAUGCCCUGAGGGAGCUGGAGAACCUUGGGAACAUCCAAAUCCUUCUUGGUAACAACCCUUACACCUGCUCCUGUGAGAGCCACGAUUUUGUGGCCUGGUUGAAUGAAUCGAGGGCUCAAGUAGAUGUGGAUGCUGUGAGGUGUGCUUCCCCAGGAGGGUUAACUGACACCCGGCUGCGAAGGCUUGGAGUGCAGGCUAUUGGAUGUGUUGUUCCAGUUCAAGCAGAAGUGAGUGACCUCACCCUCCAGACAUCCUAUGUCUUCCUGGGGCUGGUGCUAGGGUUUGUGGGCAUGCUCUUUCUCUUUGUGCUCUAUCUGAAUCGCAAAGGUAUGAAGAAUUGGAUUAUCGAAAUGAGAAAUGCGUGUCGGGAUGUUCUGGAGGGAUAUCACUACAGAUAUGAGAUUGACUCUGACCCUCGGUUGGGGUACAUCUCAGCAGAUAACGCUGGCAGGAGGGCACACAGGCAUUUAGGGUUAUCUCUGUUACAGCAGCAGCCAAAUGACACCUGUAUCAUUCCUUCAGACACACAGGUCAAACAAGUGAAGACCACCACACCUGUUAACUCAUGA